AUGUCUUCGAAGAAGAAAAUCGUUGUUGAUACCAAGGCAUGUGGACCCCUAACUGCCUACCUCCACGGAGGUCGUGUAGGAAAGGAUGUUGCUGCGCUUACGGUUCACGAUCUUGGAUGCAAUCAUAAGGAAUUUUAUGAGUUUGUAAAUCAUGAACACAUGAGUCAACUUACUCAGCGAUGCUUCUGGAUUCAUGUUGAAGUACCGGGACAGGGUGAUAACAUGCCAGAUCUCCCAUCAGACUGGAAGUUUCCAACAAUGCAGAAAAUCUCUGAGGGAAUUUCUGAACUUUGUGACAGUCUCGAACUAAAACAUGUUGUCGUUAUUGGAGAUGGUGCUGGUGCAAACAUAGUCGCCCGGUUUGCUAUUGCUCGUGAAGAUAUUUGCCUCGGAGCAAUUCUUAUACACUGCACUGGCACAACUGCUGGUUUUAUGGAAUCACUUCGUGAUCGCGUAAAUGCGUGGAAACUGAAAUCAAUUGGCAUGAACCCAAGUGUUGAAAACUAUCUUGUCCUCCACCGUUUUGGAGUGUUUAAAAAAGCCACAACAGAAGCUGAACUUCAUGGAGCAAUUAAAAGUUUCUUGCAGUCUCUUCGGGAAGAUAUUAACCCUAAAAAUCUCAACAAAUUCAUCCAGGCUUUCAUGGAGCGAACAAAUAUCACCGAAACUAUCGGAAACCUGAAGUGUCCAGUUUUGUUUAUAACUGGGUCUCUCGCCUCCUUUAACCACACCGUCUACACCCUCUACAAUGCCCUACUGAAUUCACUGAAAGACAAUCCUGCCCGCAGAGCCGAUGUUGAAAUUCUCGAAAUUGACGGCGUCGCAAAUGUUAUGCGAGAACGGCCUGAAAGAGUCGCUGAGUCAGUGCAGAACUUUAUGCAGGGUUUGGGCAUUGCCGGUGGCGCUAUCAACAGACGCUUGAGUGCCACUGGAAACAUUCCAAGAAACCGCAACCGUUCCGCUUCUAUGGAUGAAUACGACCAACCUGUGGGAGUGAAAAAUCUCAUCUUUGACACGACGCGUCGCUACUCCAAGGCCCCCGAUAUUUCAGGAAUCUCUGAAGUGGGCGAACGCUGA